CGUCAUGGAGGGGCUCUACCACCAGACCAACAAGCAAGUCCAUGAGGUCCAGUCUUACAUGGGGCGCCUGGAGACUUCAGACAAAGAGUCAGUACACUUAGUAGAAAAUGAGAUUCAGGCAAGAAUAGACAAUAUAUUCAGCAACUUGGAGCGCCUGGAAAUCCUGUCCAGCAAAGAACCUCCCAAUAAGCGACAGAAUGCUAAACUCCGAGUUGACCAACUGAAGUAUGACAUUCAGCAUCUGCAGACAGCUCUGAGGAACUUUCAACAUCGCCGCUACAUCCGGGAGCAGCAGGAGAGACAGCGAGAGGAGUUGCUUGCACGUACAUUCACUACUAAUGACUCUGACACCACCAUACCGAUCGACGAAACAUUACAGUUUAAUGAAUCCCUCCAGAAUGCCCAUCGUGGCAUGGAUGAUCUUAUUGGCAGUGGGACCAACAUCCUUCAGGGGCUGAGGGACCAGAGAGUGACAUUAAAGGGUACUCACAAGAAGAUCCUGGACGUUGCCAAUAUGUUGGGCUUAUCCAAUACAGUAAUGCGGCUGAUUGAGAAGCGAGCCUUUCAGGAUAAAUACUUCAUGAUUGGGGGAAUGAUUUUGACUUGUGUAAUUAUGUUUCUCGUCGUGCAGUAUCUGACAUGAGCUACGGAACUAUUGCCAGAGGAGAUCGUCUUUUGGAGCAAGAUGGACAGUACUCCAAACUGUACUUUCCUCUGAGUGCUGCUUUGGAUGAGCCCCUCCUGUGAACUUCAGAGUUGACAAAUCACACUCAGACACAUAUCAUGUGGAAAGCAUGUAGGGAAACAAAUUUCUCUGGGGACGCUGUAGUUGAGAAUGGCCCUAUAAAAAUACCCCUAGCCUUUACGGUUCUCACCUUACUGUCUGCAAGUUUAAGAAUCUGGUUAAUUAGGAAGCAGAAGUGAUUUUGCCCAGCUGUAUUGCAAGGUAGGAGCAUCCUUUUGAGUAGAUACGGAUAACAGGAUGCAAAGGCAAAGCGUAAGAUGUAGUGAGAUGAGAAGUGACCCUGAUCACUGUAUUUUGCAAUGAAAGAAUGCCACUUAGGAGAAUUUCACAUGGUUUGUGGGCAUGCUCCUGCGGAGUAAGUGUGCAAAAAGAGGUGGGAAGUGCAAGGUUCCCAUCUGCAAACUCACCAUUUUGCUUGGAGGGAGAAGGGUUUAUGGGGAAGGGUGUUAAAGCACGGUUGUAACCUCAGCUAACUUUUUUGUUUAGGCAUACAGUAUUAACCAGCACAAAUCUUCCCGUUUUAGGUUGAAAUGCUUCUCUUCUUACUUGAGGUAUGUUUUGGUACCUCUUUAUGCCCUGCUGCUUCCCGUGAGUUGUAUUCAUUUUCUGAGGUGGUUGGUUGGGGUUUUGUGCUCUAUAGCUGGUAUUUCUUGAAUUGGUGAAGCAGCCAAGUCCUUGCUCGGCUCGAAUUCAGAUUUGUGAUUUUUAUGUUCACAGAGCUCGAAUGGGCUCGGCUCGAAUUCAGAUUUGUGAUUUUUAUGUUCACAGAGCUCGAAUGGGCUCUCUGCUGUUUUUCACCUUCAGAGUAACAGUGGGAUCAGGGCAACAGACCUUUCACUUAAAAUCAGUUGUCAUCAGAAGAAUUUCCUGAAGUUACGUGCCUUGGGAUGGUAAACAUCCCUUGUCCUUGGGAAGGGUGUUCUUUGUGUUAUCCUUUGUACCUGCAAAAUUACUGUGAAAGACAUUCUUGUACAUUCUCAUACAUACCAUCUCACAGAGAUGAUAGCCAGUUUAGACAUACCUCCUUGGUUGUAGGUAUCUGUCCACAUUUAAACAUUCACAGUUACGAAAUGCCUCAUUGUUUAAAUACGGUACUCCUUUCCCUGCAGACUGGGGGGGCUCUGUUAGAAUGGCCAUCCUGAGAUUUUGGGCAUCAUCCAUUUCAAUCAGCCUUCAGAUACAUUCCCAUCCCAAUUUCUGUACAAGUCUGGAGCAUUUCCAAUGUCUGAUGGUGGCAGAGUGUGUCAUACUCAGCUGAUGUGGCAUAAUGCUGGAAAUGCUUUCAUUUUUUUUCUGUCUGGAAUGGUUGUGGGUCUUUUAAUUAGUAACAGAUUACAAGUUCUGCAGCCUAUCUUUGCUGCAAUAAGCUUUGCUUUUAUUAUGUAGCCUGUUGCAAACUUGGAGAAAUGGUAUUAAUAACUGUAAAAAAUGAAUUUCAGUUAAUAUGGGCUUUAGCUGUGCUUGUUUACAGUUGCAUAACUGAAGUAUGGAGUGACCUGUGUGCUGUGGCAUAGCUGUAAAGCCCAGAUGAGAGCACCUGCUUUGAUCAGCUGUCACAGACCAGUCAGCUUCACACCUGGAACCCAGGGCAAGGGAAGAGGCGGCAGUCGCAGUGCCAGCUGGCUGCACUGCAGACGCAGGAGCAGAGGCCAAGAUGCCAGCAGUGCCUGGAUAAUCCUAUUGGAUGGUUCAGCGGAAGAAAGCAGGGAAACCUCAGUGCUUGUUGAAUGUCCUGCAUGCUGCAUGCCGUCAGGCUGUGCAUUUUGUGCUUCUCAGUGUGUUUGAUGCCUCUCAAGUGUUCUGUGCUCUUCAUGUUCCUCAGUCUGCUGGGGUUUCCCGAGGAAACACAUUAGCAGACCAAGUACAGAAUCGGUUUUCAUUUGAGCCUGAGGGACAGGGAAUUAAAUGGAAAAGAGGA